GAUGGUGCUUUCUCUGACUGGGGCGCUUUUUCUUGCACAACACUGGUGCGUCGCGUGUAGCGGCGCGGAAACAGCGUGGUCUAUUCUGUGUCUGGCUGACUGACUGACAACCACCGGAGAAAGAAAAAAGUUAGUCUGAGUUCGCGGUCAGCACACUGCCAACAUGUCUGGAGAUGAUGAGACACAAGAGCAGACCAUCGCCGAGGACCUGGUGGUCACCAAGUACAAGAUGGGAGCAGAGAUCGCAAACCAGGCUUUGAAGAAAGUAGCAGAGGCUGCUGCAGCGGGAGUCUCUGUGCUCAGCCUAUGUCAAAAAGGAGAUGAAUUCAUCGCGGCAGAAACUGGUAAAAUCUUCAAGAAGGAAAAAGACAUGAAGAAAGGCAUCGCUUUCCCCACCUGUGUGUCGGUUAACAACUGCGUAUGUCACUUCUCUCCUCUGAAAAGUGACCCUGAUGUUGUACUGAAAGAUGGGGACCUUGUAAAGAUUGAUCUUGGGGUGCAUGUUGAUGGCUUCAUCUCAAAUGUGGCUCACAGCUUCGUUGUUGGAGCAACCAAGGAAAAUCCUGUAACAGGACGGAAAGCUGAUGUCAUCAAAGCAGCUCACCUGUGUGCAGAAGCUGCUCUCCGGCUCGUCAAGCCAGGAAACCAGAACACACAGGUCACAGAAGCCUGGAGCAAGAUCGCCAAGUCAUUCAAGUGCUCCCCAAUUGAGGGCAUGCUGUCUCAUCAGCUCAAACAGCAUUUGAUCGAUGGGGAGAAAACCAUCAUUCAGAACCCAACGGACCAGCAGAGAAAGGACCAUGAGAAGGCUGAGUUCGAAGUGCAUGAGGUGUAUGCAGUGGAUGUGCUGAUCAGCACCGGGGAGGGAAAGGCAAAGGACGGAGGCCAGAGGACCACCGUUUACAAGCGGGACCCCAACAAGGUCUACGGAUUGAAGAUGAAAACGUCCCGCACGUUCUUCAGCGAGAUGGAGAGACGAUUCGACACAAUGCCUUUCACUUUGAGGGCAUUCGAGGAUGAAGGCAAGGCCAGGCUGGGAGUGGUGGAGUGCGCCAAACAUGAGCUGCUGCAGCCGUUCACUGUGCUGCACGACAAGGAAGGGGAGUUUGUGGCCCAGUUCAAGUUCACCGUGCUGCUCAUGGCCAACGGACCUCUGCGGAUCACCAACAGCCUCUAUGAGCCCGAGCUCUACAAGUCUGAGCACGAUGUGGAGGACCCAGAGCUGAAGGCUCUGCUUCAGAGCUCAGCCAGCCGCAAGACUCAGAAGAAGAAGAAAAAGAAGGCUUCAAAGACGGUAGAGAAUGCAACAGGACAGGCGAUGGAGACCGAAGCCGCCGAGUAAAUUUCAAUAAACGGUGACAGAAACCCGUUGACACAAAGAACAGACGUCACGAUUCUUUCUGUCCCGGCUGUCUGAGGGACUUGAGGGCAUAGCUGCUGUGAAUACCUCUAAUGUCAGUCUGGGAGGAAGCUGCUCCUGAAUUCUGUCACUCCAACAAAAAUACACAUAAACAUGGAAUUGAGUCCCAUUUAUUCUAGACAAACUCACUUUUACACACUGGAGUCUCCAUCCACACACAAGCUUAAACAAAAAUCAGAACCUUAGGUGAUGAUCUGCCUCAUUAGGAUCGGGCGUUAGUCCCUGAAAGACACAUUUACACCAGAAUAGCUCCCAGCGAGGUGACAACAGCAGAACACAAGCAAACGUAUGAAACAGGUUAGCUUUCCUAUCCUUGAGGCAGCGAUUUUCUCUGAGUGCCUGCAGUUCUCCAUUGGAAGAGAGCAUAUUCACACAAUAUUUCAACAUUCAGUUUGCUCUGAGGGUUCCCUUCAGUUUUAACCAUACCAAUGAAAGUUUGAGCGAGCAUGUAGAGGAUUACAGGUGGUCCAGUUGAAGCCAUGUCUUUGAAAAUUAUGGAAAUACACAUUUUUAUUACAUCUUUUGUUGUUUCUUGUGAAUAAAGCUGAACUGCAGCAUUACUAUCACUUAGAUCUGUGCUCUGGUUCAUUGUGUGAUAUUCGAUUAGGCUACUAGGCUAUCGAUUUCUAAAACUGACAUCUUGAGACGUGUCAUUUCAGUAAUGCAACUGUUGGGGGGGCACAGUUCAAACUCCUGCCCAGGUUUCAGCAUUCAGUCCUCUGGUGCCACCAUGAGGUCUGACGGUCAUCUGUUUGUACACAAGAACUCCACACUUGUUAGAUUUAUGGGCACUUUUGUAAAUCCUAGUUUCAGAGACUAUUUUUGGAAACAAUAAAUAACCAUCUGGCAUCGAA